AUGGUUUAUUCAAUGUUUUCGCAAAGCGCUGGUUCGCUUUUUCUGCUUGCGCUGGCCUCAUCUGCUGCAGCCACUCUUGAUUACAAUCUGGUGGAAAAGUGGGAGGGCACGGAUUUCCUGGAUUAUUUCAACUUCCAUGUCGGAUCCGACCCCACCAAUGGAUAUGUCAACUACCUCAGCGAGGCUGACGCCAAGGAAGCAGGCCUGGUCAAAGUCACUGAUUCCGGCAGUCUUUACCUCGGUGUCGAUCACACAAACAAAGUCGCAUCCACCGCCAGCGGCCGCGAUUCAGUGCGUAUUGGCAGCAAAAAAUACUACGAUCAUUCCCUGAUCGUGGCCGAUAUCGAGCACAUGCCGGGAAGUGUUUGCGGUACCUGGCCCGCAUUCUGGUCCGUGGGUAAGAAUUGGCCAUCUGAUGGCGAAAUUGAUAUCAUCGAGGGUGUCAACCUCCAGGACCACAAUGAGAUCGUGAUGCACACUGCUGGCACGUGUAGUAUCACGGACCAGGGAAUGAGUGGCGCAGUAAAUGCUACUGGCUGUGGUGAGGACCUGGGAACGGUCGGUUGUGUUAUCGAGGGUCAGACAGGCAGCUAUGGUACUUCAUUCAACAAGCAGAGUGGUGGUGUUUACGCGAUGGAGUGGACGGAGAAAUACCUCAAAAUCUGGUUCUUCGCCCGCGGUUCCAUCCCGGCUUCAAUCACCAAUGGGAAUCCCGAUGUCAGCGAGUUUGGUACCCCCAUGGCUUUGGUCGAGGAGGGAUGCGAUGUGGCCACCAGCUUCAAGGCACAAUCAUUCAUCUUCGACACUACCUUCUGCGGUGACUGGGCUGGCGGCGUUUUUGGCGAGUCUGGCUGCCCUAUGACUAGCUCCAACCCAUUCACCAGCUGCCACAAUUACGUUGCUGAGAACCCAAGUGCCUUCGAGCAGUCGUACUGGGAAAUCAAUUCCGUCAAGAUCUACCAGACUGGCGUGAAAGGUAUCGAGAACACCUCCAAGUCAACUGCGUCCGCCACCAAAGCCAGUGCCAUUGUUGAGACUACCGAGACCUCUGUUACUCAGAAAACUGCUACUCACGUCAUCGCUGAAUCGUCCGCUAGGCUCUCUGCCGGAUCAUCUGCUGGUGAGGAGACCUCUGCGGCUGGUGCCGUGGCACCGUUGGGUGGUUCCAUCACUACCGCUUCCGCAGCAAGUCACUCAACUACCUCAGAGACUCCUGCAGCUGCAAUCACCACCGAGACACAUGGAACCACUCGCUAUAUUACUAAAUAUGUCACUACUUUCACAACUCUGUGCGAUGGCACUUCGUCCGCUCUACCCGCCGUCACGGAAUCUGCUCACUCUCAAGUCCCGGCUGCCGCGCAAACUUCUCAAGUAGUUGAUACCUCUUCCGCUGCUGUGCAGGCCCAGACUACUCCCGUCUCUACCGGAGGCGCGGAAGCCAAAGCCACCCAGGCGCCCACCACCGACCCAUUUUCGGACACAGCUUCCAAGAUCGCCACUGAGGCAAGUUCACCUCAAGCCCUUCCGACUGUCAUUCCUGGUCCUGGGUAUGACGCGAGCAUUCUUGCUUCUGCGGAUUCAGCGCAGACCUCUAAGCCUAUUAUCCCGGCUCCCACGGGCAGCUCCGUCCCUUCGGGCACCGUCUUCUCAGGCAGCUCGAGCACCGGCUACAGCCCCGUAUUUACUGGAGCAGCAGAUAAAGUAUCUGUCAAGUUCACGACAUUUGCCGCUGCUUUUGCUUUUGCCUUUUUUGCGUGA